GUCGUUUCAAAAUUGAUGAGAACUUUUUAAAAUAUGGAAGAGAAAUCUUGCAAAGAACAAUUAACGGAAAAUACAGAUGUCAACCAAGAUGAGCUGAUUCUUCAACAACAAAGGCGAAUCGAAAUGGAGAUUUCUGAAUCUAUUGCUUUAGUUGGAGAAAAAGAAUCCAUUAAGAGUUUGGAACGUGAAUACUCUGAAGAUGAAAUAUAUCUUUCAAAAGCUAAAGCAUUAGGUCAAAAAUAUUCAUACAUUAGGAGGACUAGACCAGAUGGAAAUUGUUUCUUUAGAGCAUUUAGUUAUGCAUAUCUUGAAAAAUUAAUUGGAAAUAAAGAUGAAUAUGAAAAAUUUCGAGAACUUGCAUUAAAGAGUAAAGAUGGUUUGGUAGCAUUAGGUUUUCCUCAAUUUACAGUUGAAGAUUUUCAUGAUACGUUUAUGGACGUAAUUGAUAAAGUACGAGAAGAUGCAGAGUCAAGUUAUAUUGAACUACAUAAACUCUUUAAUGAACAAGGUUGUUCUGAUUAUGUUGUUGUAUAUCUUAGAUUAAUUACUUCUGGUCAAUUACGGCGUGAAGCUGAUUUUUACCAACAUUUUAUUGAAGGAGAACGUACUGUUUCAGAGUUCUGUCGUCAAGAAGUAGAACCAAUGUACAAAGAAUCUGAUCAUAUUCAUAUUAUAGCUAUGAGUACUGCUUUAGGAACUGGAGUACGUGUUCGUUAUAUGGACAGAGGUGCUGGAACAGAAGUAACUGCACAUGAUUUUCCUGAAGGUGCUACUCCAGCUGUUCAUUUAUUAUAUCGUCCUGGCCAUUAUGAUAUUCUAUAUCCUUGAUAAAUCAUGCAUUAAAC